AUGCCACAAGAAGGGCGAUUCUUUCUUGAUCCUCAAAAGUUUUCCAUUCUUGCUGACCGUGUGAGAAGUUGGGCACCGGCUAUUUUGGCCCACUGCAAUGAUGAAGAUGAGAGCAGGGCUUUAAGAAUGGACAUUUUGGACACCAUUUCUUUUCUGGAGAGGGGUCAGCGCUGUUUGGAAACGAAAACAAGUGGACAUGUGCAGUACCCGAGCCAAACCUUGAUCAGCGCAGCCUGCCUUGGAAAUUUGCUUGGUUCCAAUGAACAUGUUUGCAAUGUGGUUCCAUUGUCUUUGCAAGUUGCUUUGCCAGGUGUUGACCUUUCAAAUCUGCUACGAAAUGCUUCAUUCCCAAAAGCUUCAACGAUUGGCCGUGCAGGGUCUGCUUUGGAUUUUGCAUUCUUGCUCGAGUGUCGAGAGAGGUGGUGCAAUGUACCGUGUCUUCAUUAUGCUUGGGCAGACUCAUCUCCUCAGUGUGGCAGGGAAUGGUUCAUGCUCAUGCAUACUUCUGUUUGCAUGGAUGCUGUGGUGAACGCUUGCAAUGCUGCAAACAUGUUGACAAGGUGUCGUCCUGACCUCAGCGAUCAUUUUGAGGCUGAGGAUGCAGAUGUGGAACAACAACCUCGUUUGCACACGGUCCUGUUGGAUGCCAUUCAUACCCACAAAUGCAUUCCGGUUGCUCUAGGUUCAGGGAAGGUUUCGGUGGAGGAUAAGACCUCAUGCCUUUUGCAUGCUAUGAGUUUGGAGUGCAGUAGCAGAGUAGGCUUGCGAUGCCACCUUGACAACGUUGUUUCUUGGACCACAGACUUAGGGGUAGAGGCACAGCUUCCACAGUUUCAAGCCAAGCACUUGGACUCAAUAUUGCCAACCUAUGUCCACCAAACUUUGGAGAGCGACCUUGCAGAUGAAGAUCAGGAGACAGUGGGUGAUGCUGAUGCUUUUCCCAUCAUGCCUAAGGCACUGCUGACACCUGGUGGGCUGCACAUUACUCACAAUGCCAGACAAGACCUGAGGACCAAAAUGUUGUGGUUUGACAAGUUUUGGGACCACCUGAAAGCUGUUGCAGCAUUGCUUGUGCCCCAGCAUCUACGCGAGCGGAUCAUUGCCCGCUUAGUUCGUGGGACUGCCUCUGCAGAACAUGAACACCUGUUUGCAUCCCUGUCUUUGCCAGCUCUGUAUGAAAAGCGCUGGCAGGUGGUUGCAAAAUUUUUGAAGAAUUUGUUGCCCCAUUUUCGCUUGUUGAAAAGGGUUUGGAACCUUCAAGAUUUUCUCAUUGACGGGAAGGAUGCAGAAGGUGAUGUUGGAGCUUCAUUCGAUGUAGCUCUGGCUGACCCGAUGUUUUGUAGCUAUGUUUUCAUGGUUGAUGGUGUGCAAAACAUUUUGCUCAACCUCGAGCGUUGGCUUGAGAAUUGUGCUUGCCACGAGCACUUGUUUACAACAUUGUCCAGCAAACGGCAGAGAAAGAAGAGGGGGCAGUUGUUUGGUGGUGCAGUCCGCUUUGUGGAUUGCCCCAUGAGAGGUAAGCGUGCCCCUGAGCUGGCAGCAGGCAAACUUGAAGAUACUAUUGCUGAACUUUCCACUGCUGCUUUGAAUCUGUUCUCUGAUCAAAUGGAUUUCCGGAUUACACCAGCUGACAGAGCAGUGCUGAUGCAAGAUUUUGAUUUUGCAAAGCAACAUUUGCAUGUUGUUCUCGUGGCGAAGUUUGGUUUUUGGCGGCAAAUUCCAUGGCGCUUGGCUGGCUUAAGCCACCACUGGCCAUCAGUGGCGCGGAGGAUUGCCCAAGAUUGCCUUGAAGAGUUUGAUGCUUCUAUGUCCAAGCCAGGAAUGACUUUAGAACAUCACCAUCCCUUGUCUGUGCGCUUCCUGUCAGAAACUGGGAUGCGUGAAGAUUUGCAACGUUUUGCAAAUGGUGGUUGUAUGACUGACCAGUUGAUGUUUGCUGUAGCUUCGCUGCGGUUUAUUCCUGUGGUGGAGCGAUGUGUGGAGGCACUUCAUCGUGAUGUGAAGGUUGCUGCAAAACACAUACGGCUGGGGCCCACCAAGGUGAGCUUGUCUUUUCGAAUGCGUGAGAUUUUGGAUCUUUCCAGUUUUGAGGAAGGGUUUCCAGCCCGACUGCAGACUUGUUUUGAUUUGACGCGGCAGCCAAAGAAGGCUGCUGCAGCCUUGGGUUUGCUGAGCCAUCCAAUAUUUCUGCCGUUGCUGCGAGAUGGUUGUACCGAUGUUUGUGUGUGGCUGGCGGCUUUGGUUAGGGCUGUGCACAGGUGUGACUUGGAAACUCAAUUUUCUGACAUGCAUGAAGCACGGUCCACCCAUUUUCGAAAGCGGAAAGUCUUAGAAGCGGAGGCCGAGAAACUUCAUGACACCAAAUUAUCAGUUCCUAGAACAUACGAAGAUAUUUUCAAGCGUGCUAUAGUUGACCAUUUUCGUGCAAUGGCUGGUUCAGAUGUUUUCUUCACACUGCCUGUGCUGGUAGAUGACAGUGCUGGCUACGAAGUAGCACCAUUCUUAGGUCCUGCAGAGAAACGCUUGUGUCUGAGGGGUGCUGACGAAGAGCCUCUAGAAAUUGUUGAGAUGGCUGAAGGUGCUGACCAUGGAAGGGAAGAGUUGCAUUUCCGACUCUUGCAUGGUUUUCCUGCACGGAUGAAAUCCAUGUUGCGACCAGUUGCUAGCACGCCAGUUUUUGCCAAAGAUGCAGUUAUGAUUGCUGUGCACAAAUGCGUUUACAAUGCUGAAGGCGUGCCACAAAUAGACAUAGCAACCCAAGAUGUCCCACACAUUUUGACGUCGCUGGAGUCUUGUCCUCUCAAUGUUUUAAGGACUCAGUUUACAUGUGCAAGUACAUCGCGAGAUGUGAGAUACUCUCUGCCAGGAUUGCCAAACAUCAGACAAAGUGAUUUGGUUGAAUGCGUCACUCAUUUGCUGAAUGCCCGCGCUCUUCCAGGUGGGGAACCAACUGCCGUUUCAACUUUCCCGACAGAUUUAAUCAUGUCUUUGAUCGACAGAGGCCUUGUUUGCAGGAGCGGGCAAUCAGAUCGGAUAUUGAUGUCCGAGUGUGCUUUGCCACAGGUUCGUGUCAUGUGCCCUCUCCACGAACCGAAGCAAGUUUGCAGCCUUCGUAACAGUGAUAUUUCUCAAUAUGACCUCAUGGAAUUGAUUCUUGCCCUGGAGCAAAAUGGAUGGUCUUGGAAAAAAAUGCCUUCAAAGAAAAAUGCCCGUGAAGCGUUGUGUCAUGAGCCUGGGAAGGAACUUGUUUGGUACAGCCAAUCCCACUCUGUUAGCAAAGCUUACUUGCAGUGCUUGCUUUUGUCGGAUGAUUUGUUUGAGAAAGGUUUGGCCCGCAUUCCCCACUGGGUUGAAAAGCCUGGUGAGAUUUACCCUGCCCUUUUGAAAGGGGAGGGACCACAACCUGGCCGUGCAGUGCCGAUGCCAGCAUUGGAACCCGACAUUCCGGUUGAAGCGCUUCAAGAUGUUGCAGUGGCUGAGCCUGGGCAAGCCGUAGCUCACCUCUCAUUGCAGGAAGGGGACCAUGCUGGUCAUGAUCCCACCGAUUCCAUAGACGGCUUGUUGGAUUUGCUUGAUGAAGAUAUGCCUAGAUCAAACCAAUCUGAUGAUGCUGACCGUAGUGAAGGGUACUCAGCUUCGCCUCCCAUUGAUAGCCCAGUAAACCAAUCUGAUGAUGCUGACCGUAGUGAAGGGCACUCAGCUUCACCUCCCAUUAAUAGCCCAGUAGUUGAUGCGCAGUCUUUGCAUUCGCCCAUGGAUGACGCAGUAGAUGAAGCUGCAGCAGCUCUAGAUGCUGCGCCCGUAGAAGAUGAGGGGUCCCAACCCCGCUUGGGGAAGCCAGCAAACUUUGGUGUUUUCAGGCUUACUGUCAAGCAGCCAUCCGAGAAAGCUGGUCGAAAGUUUGGUGGUGUGGAAGCAAGAUGUCCUUUUCACAAAAAGAACAACAGGACAGAUUGCAAGAAAUAUUUGCAACUCCGUUCCGCUGACCCUGAGGAAUUUUCCAAAUGUGUUCGUGCAUUGAAGAUGUGGUGCAACAGCGCCUCUAGGUAUAACCGUCAGAGACUUCACCUUCAACACCAUGUGUCGAUUGAUGCAGCUCCUGCUGAAGAAGUUGUUGCUGCCGGUUGUAUUGUUGUAGGGCCAGCUGGGGCUGUUCAGGGUGAUGAUGUGCUAGAUGCAGAAGCAGGCAUGGCGGGUCAAACUCUUCUCACUCAGCUGAUGCCAUUGGUGCUGGAGACGGUGCAGAAAGCUCCGCUCAGGCUGUCGUGCCUCUUGAUGGCUUCUUUCGCUCCUGACAUAGACGAUGAGGACGUUUCUAUAUCAGACCAACAGGACACACCACAGAAAUGGACAAGCGGAAAGGAACCUGAUUCAGCAGAGUCUAAGUUUAAGGGGCGACACAAAGUUGAGACUACCAAGAAGGGUGCCAAGACUUGCAGAGCUUGCCAGAAGAGCCGACCUUUGUCUGAUUUUGCAUUGAACCAGACUGUGGACAAAGACUGCAAGAAGGCUUUAGAUGUGAUUUCCAAGAAGGCACGUCAACAAGGUAAGGUUGAAUGGUUCAAGAAUGUCAAGGCUGACCCGAAGAAGUUGAGAAGUCUCGUCACCAGCUACCGUCAGGCUUCUCAAGAGGCUGAGAAAGCUGGGCAGAAGAAGUCCACUUGGAAUCUUGCUGAGUAUAUAGAGGAGGUGCGUGCCAGCACUGAAACUGUUGGCACCUCUCGUGGCAAAAUGAUGUGGCAGGAUCAAGCCAUUGAGUUCUGGCGCAGCACAGAUGGAGGGGCCCUCACCAAGCAAGAGGCAGCAAGCAAGUGGGAUGAGCUUGUUGCUACGUAUGAAGCCUUGGGCAUCCCCCAUGAUCACAAGGGCCCUGCGAAAGCAAGCUUGAGGCUACGAAUCCACACAGAGGAUUUGGUGGAUGACGUCAAAAGAGUUGCAAAGGAGAAGAAGGUUGUCAUGCAUGGACAGCAAACAAAGAAGGCGACUGCAGAGGAUGUGGAGAAAAUGUCCAAGUCCCUCAUGGUGAACCAUGACAAGAUUCAAGGCGGAGUUUCAGAGUCGGAGGCUGCCAGGUCUUUUGUCAGCUCCGACAACAUGGAUGGAAUCAGCAUUACCCUCAACGAUGUGUCGUUGCUUGUGCCUGAUGAAGAUGCGCAAGACGAAGCGGAGGAAGACGCUGAAGAGAAAGAUGAGGAAGGGGAGGAGGAUACCACAGAGAAGAAGUCCAAAAAAAAAUGGUUUGACCGAGACAGAGAAGUCAACAAGGCGCAGAGACAGAUGAGCACUGCGCUGUCACAGGUCCAGACCAAGGCCUCAGCUGUGAAAGAGCAGCUUGAGAAAGUUUUGGCUGAAGUUGCAGCCUUGCCCACGAACCAGCAAGAGUCUUUGAAGGGAGAAGAGGUGAUUGGGCAAGCCAGGCUGGAAUGUUUGCAGAAGCUGUACGGCAGUGAAGAGGCCUUGCAGACCCACAUCAGAAGCAUUGCGUCCAAAGCUUUGUCGUCUGCCCGCAGCAGCACUGGUACUGCAGCAGACCCCAGCAUCUGUUUGGGUUUAGCUGCCCCAUGCCAGAGCUACCAGAAGUUGAUCACGUUUGAAGCUUGCAAGAGCACUGCUGGCCGGGUUCUGGAUUGUUCAGAUCUUGAAGGCAUAGAGAGAGUCAAGAAAGAGGCGGCAGAUGCAAGAUCCCCGAUUGUUGAGUUGGUUUCUGCGUGCAAGUCUGCCACAGGGGAUAUCACCAAGGCAUUGAAGUUGGUGCGCGAUGGGCCAAAAAAGGCCAAGGCUGCUGCGAAGAAUGCUGCACACAGAAGUGUGACUUCCCUUACACCCUCAGAUGUUUUCAAGCACUCUGAAUCCAGUCAAAAAGUGCAGGUCGUGGAGCAGAUUGAAGAAGACCCUGUGAAGGAGGAGGCUUUCAACCCUGAUGUUCCAGUGAUGUUUGCAUGCAAGGCUGAUGAGCAUGCAUCUUUUGAGAAAGAGGACUGCGUGAAGCGCUUCAUGUUCACCGACUUCUUAACAGUGUUUUCGUCUCAGGGCCCAGCGCAAAAGUGCGACCGGGCGCAUCGUCGUUUCCCAGCCGGAAGUGACAUUGCUGAUGUUGUGUCCAAGCGCCUUCGUUAUAUCUGCUCGGCGGCAUGUCCCACACCGGACGAACUUCAGAACAAUGAGUCUUUGACUCAGAGUUUGGAAGCCAUGGCUGUGAUCAUCGGCAAGAACACUGUAACUUGCAGCCCCGAGAAGAGCCAUGCAGGAUCACUUCGUCUUGGUCUUCAAGGAACCCGAGAAGUCAUUUUGGUGCGUGAAAAGCUUUUGUAUGAUGUGUUGGGCCAGCCAACACUCAAGGCCGCAAAGCAGGCACUGCUUGGAAUGGAUGAUGCUCUAGCUGCCAAGCUCAAGCUCUAUUCCUGCACUUUGGGCAAGGGCCAAGCUCUCUACACUCCGCCUGGAUGGAUCUUUGUGGAAAGGGUCAUGUCGGAAAUGCACUGGGUGGGCUUCAGAGCUGGAUGUUGCAUCACAUCUUUGCAGAUCUCAAGUGAUUUGAAAUGGCUUUCCCAAAGCUGGGCCAUGGAUGACCCAGUAAUCCUUAGCUUUCUGAAGGUUACCGAUGAAGUCCUUCACUCAGCGCCUGUGACUCCUGCUGUCCAAAGAAGAGCCCCUCUGGAAGUGAAAUCAGACAUGGCGGAUGCGGCAGAAGCAGGAAUUGAGGCUGCAAGGAUGGCGGAAGAUGAGGCAAAGAAGAAAGACGAGGCUCAGAGGUUGCAAGAGGAGGCCGAUCGGGGAGCGAAGGAGGUUGAGGAAGCUCAGAGGUUGCAAGAUGAGGCUGAUCGCCAGGCAAAGGAGGCUGAGGAAGCUCGGAGGUUGCAAGAGGAGGCCGAUCGCAAAGCGAAGGAGGCUGAGGAAGCUCAGAGGUUGCAAGAUGAGGCUGACAGAAAGGUGAAGGAGGCUGAGGCAGCUCAGAGGUUGCAAGAGGAGGCUGAUCGUCAGGCAAAGGAGGCUGAAGAAGCUCAGAGGUUGCAAGAUGAGGCUGAUCGCCAGGCAAAGGAGGCUGAGAAAGCUCGGAGGUUGCAAGAGGAGGCCGAUCGCAAAGCGAAGGAGGCUGAAGAAGCUCAAAGGUUGCAAGAGGAGGCCGAUCGCAAAGCGAAGGAGGCUGAAGAAGAUCAAAGGUUGCAAAAGGAGGCCGAUCGCAAAGCGAAGGAGGCUGAGGCAGCUCAGAGGUUGCAAGAGGAGGCCGAUCGCAAAGCGAAGGAGGCUGAGUGCAAAGUCAAGGAGGAGGAAAAAGCAAAGAAGCUGAAAGAAGAGGCUGAUCGCAAAGCGAAGCAGGCUGAAGCUGCUCGCAAAGCAAAGGAUUCUGAGACUCGACGGUUGGAGAAAGACAAGAAAGCAAAAAAGGAUACGAAAGAGGCUCAGAAGCCGAACGUCGCCGACGAUCCGGCAUCCAAGCGCCGCAGGACUAAGCUCAAGAAUCUCAGCACCAGCCAGAAAAAUAUCAAGCUCCACUUGACGACAGCUUACUCAGGUGUGGGAUUUGGUGAGGCUGCAGCUGCUAUGGUUGCAGAUGCGUUCAACAGGCUGUCCCUGUUCAAGGUUGAGGUUGUGCUCCACUCUCAAACGGAGAUUGAUUCCGCAUGCCAAGAGGUUUUGUCUGCCCCACAUGUGUUUGUGGAUUUGUGCCACCGCGUUGAUACGCAUGUUGUGGCCACGCUGAAAAAGAUGCAGGAGCAAAAGCGCAAACGUUUGCAGCAGGAUCCCAACUUGAGCAAAGGCACUUUGGGCCGAGAGUUUCUCAAAGAGGCAGCGGCUUACCUGAAUGGCUUAGAUUCCAGCGUUUUUUGCACUUUUGCGUGGUGUUGCAAGUGCAAUGCCUUUUGUGAGUGGGCGCCCCAAGUCGGACCAUCGCAGGAUGGCCUCAUUGAACUGUGGUUGGAGCUUGCAGGGAACACUUGUACCCCAUGGAGCGCUCGUGGAAAAGGUCUUGGAUAUUUAGAUGAGGCCAGCAUCCCAUCCUUCAUCUGGGCUUUUUCUUUGAAGAAGACUUCCCGUUCGCCAGAUGCGGUGGUGAAUGAAUGUACCCCGAGGUGGCCUGCCACCGAGUUCUUCAGUGAGGUUUUCGAUGAUGCUGUUGUGGAGACUGCAAACUUCAGCCCGACAGAUAUGGGAAUCCCGGUGAACAGACCUCGUGCAUACAGCAUUGUGACAUUGAACGAGUUGACCCAGAAGAAGCCUUAUCGCUUUGGGGUCGAGCUUUUGCAGAAGGUUGCAUUUUGCAAUCUGAUACUGAAGGGGUCUGUCUUCCUGACGGCGUCUGAGGAAGAAGUGGGUGAGUACAUGAAUGGUUUAGCCGAGCGCCGCUCUUUGCCGGAACGUGUGGAUGGAAGGCCUUAUCGCUGCCUGGCUGUGAUGGAUUUUGGCGACAGACAGCGGCUACAGCAAUAUGUUGAAAUGCUGCAGUCAAAGCACCCCAUUUCCUUCGAUUGGGACAUCAAUGUGGACUUGGCGCAGGCUCCGCCAUUUGGCUCAGCUCACACGGUCUUGCCAACAAUCAUUCGGAACAGCAAGCUGUACAACAUGAAAGGGAAAAGGUUUUUUCUGCCAGGAGAACUGUUGAGCGCACAUGGCGUUCAUCCUUUGGUUUCGAGCUUGGUUCCUGAUAGCUUGCUCCAGCUUUGUGAGGGGCACCCUGCAAAAGCCCACAAGAUGAUUGGCAAUUCGAUGUGCAUUCCUCAAGUUGGGGCUGUGCUGGCUUGCACAUUGCUCAAUUUCAUGUGA